GAGAUCUAUGCAGUGCGUGUGUGCAAUAGGGACAAUGUUGCCUUUCGUGCUUGCUUAUAAUGAGUUAUAACCCCUAGCUUUUUGCCCAAAUCCCCACGCCUUUACCAUACAUACUAAUAUUUACACCAGAAAUGCCAACACCAACUAAUAAGCUCACCUCCGUAGCCGAAGUGGCCGGAAUCCUUAAGCAAGUAGACCAGGCCUUCACGGCAUACCAGGUUGCAAAGAACACGUUUGUAAAUACCCUGCAGGGAUUCCUAGACAGACUUGACCCCCAGAAUGUCAUGCUCGAAGCUUUAAUGAAGAAGGAUGUGCUCGCAACUCUCUGUUGCCCGCUUGCACAGGACCCGGUGCCCGGCAUCCAAGCUCUAGCACUCCAGAACCUCUCCAGGCUAGCUGGCUGCGACCCGCUGUUGUCACAAGCAGUUGUAUCAUGCGGCGUUCUAGACAGCGUUGUGCUGUCCAUGAGCCACGAGAGCGCCCCGGUGCAGGCGGGAGCCAACAUGGUGCUGGCGGCGGUGGCGGGCAGCUCAGUGGACUUUGCAAGGAGGGUGCUGGAGGCAGGUGCCAUGCCCGGCAUCCUGGUGCAGCUGCGCGCCGGCACCGCCGCCGUCAAGGAGAGCGCCGUACGCAACCUCAACUCCCUCAUCGGCUCGCACCGCGACCACGCGGCGCUCAUCGCGGACGAGACGCUGCUGGCGCUGCUGGUGGGGCUGCUGACGGCGCAGGACUCGCCGCCCUCGCUGUGCCGCGCAGUGGUCAACACGCUGGCCACCACCGCCAGAUACGGGGCGGACAUGGCGACUGCGGUCAUCAAGGCCAACGCGCUGCCCCCCGUGUCGCUGCUGGUCCGCGGCGGCACCACCCCGCCCGACCUGCGCGCCGCCGCCCUCAACUGCCUGGCGCACCUGGCCUGCCACCACGAGCAGCUGGCGGCGCAGGUGGCGGCGCCGGGCCUGGUGGAGCCCACCGUGGCGCACCUGGCGGACCGCAUGGUGCCGCAGGUGCGCCGGGCGGCGGCCGCACUGCUGCUGCAGCUGGGGCGCAAGACACCCAGCCUGGCGGCGGAAGUGUGCGGAGGCGGCUGCCCCGCGGCGCUGGCGAGAUACCUGCAGAUGGAGACGGACGGCGAGGGGUGCAGCACCGGGGUGACGCUGGCGGGCACACUGGCCAGCUACAGCCCCACCACUGCCAAGGCGGUGGUGGAUGCGGGCGUGGGGGCGGAGGUGGUGCAGGCGCUGCGGAGGGCGGUUCUGGGGCCGGAGGCGGCUGCAGCCGCGGCGGCGGCGGCGGCGGCUGCCGCCGCUGCCAGCGGACCUGGCGGCGGUGCAGGGGGUGCGUCAGCAGCGGGUGGGCGGGGUGUCAACACGCACGGGGCUGCGCACCAUCACCACAACCACCACCAUCGUGUGCCUUCUGCGGUCAAGGGCGCAGCCACGGCCGCACACACGUCGGGCACGGGCGGCCCCACCACACCGCUCUCCGCCUCCAAGCCCAGCCCUAGCGCCAAGUCCGCUACCAGUGCGGGCACCGGUCCCGCCGCUACAGGCAGCACCCGCAAGACCAGCUCCUCCAAGCCUGCCUCCUCCGCCGGCGGCAGCGGGCAUGAGAGCGUGGUGAGCAUCCCCUCCGCGGCCGCAUGGGCUCUGGAGCAGAUGUCGCAGCACGGCGACGAGACCACCAUGCCGCUCAUCGGCCAAGGCGCGCUAACCGCGGUCCUGGAGGGCUACGUGGCGUCAGCGGAGGGUGCGGCGGUGGCGCCGGAUGGAGCCGAGGGCGCCAUCUUCCUGCGCUGCAAGGCCGCGCUCAAGUCCCUGAUCCGCAACUGCAACAGCACGGCCCCGCUGGAGCCGCUCGUUGCGGACAGCACACCGCCGGCGGUGCUGAAGCAUGUGCUGCGGCGCGCGGAGCCGCUGCUGGCGCGCGACGCCAAGAGCCGGCAGCAGUUCGUGACGAGCGGGGGCCUGAUGCGGUUACAGGAGCUGGAGGGGCGGCUGUGCGUCAAGGGGCGUGCGCACCUGGUGGGCAUCAACGAGCUGUUCCCGUCGGACGUAGUGAGCUACUACCGGCAGCCGGGGACUCUGGUGAGCACGUGAGGGGAGCGCUGCAGGGAGGGCUGAGUUACUGGGAGCUGGGGCGGGGGGUAGGAGGCGGGUGUAGGAGGCGGCACAGGAGCUGCUGGCGAAGCGGACGUCGCUAGCUGCGGCGCUUUCAUGAACGGAUGCGGUUGGCAGGACUGCCGGUGGUUGUGCGGAUACUGCGAGCGGGAAUGCAGGCAAGGUAGGGGAGCUGCUGUGUCGCUGUUCGCUGUCUUUCGGUUAGGAGGUGUACAGGGGCAUGUCUGCAGGCCGUACGGUGUGCAGCUUCUUGAUCUAGCGGAAGACGCUGGGGGUUGCGGAGGCAAUAACGUCCGGUACGAUGGGUGUUUACUUCCACCAGACACGUGGCCGGAGUGCCGCCAUGCGUAAGCGCUGUGUACAUACUUGCAUGCGCGCGCAAAACAAGGCAUUGAGUAGGGGCCGAGUGGGCUUUUCAAGUAUGCGGGGCCCUUUAUGCGGACCGAGCUGGCCAGGGUUAUGACGCUCAGAAUUUGCAAGCUUGCAACAGACUCGCUGACG